AUGCAUACACCAACAGGUUUAUAUAUUCGGAACGAUGUCCUUUACAUAUCAGAUGCUGCUGAUAAUCCCCAAGUUUAUUCUAUGGCAACCAGUGCAACAGUAAAAUCGUCUUAUAUUCCUAGUAUGACUCAAAAUGUUGCACCACAAUCCGUUUAUAUUGAUCAGUUAGGCAAUGUUUAUGUACCAGAUAGCCUUACAGCAUGUGUCAUAAAAUUUGAUAGUACAUUGACUGUCGCUGGUAGUAUAGUAGCAGUUGGUAAUAUUAAUGCACCUGGUGCUGAUUUAAGUUCAUUAGAUGGGCCAAACCAUUUGACAUUUGAUAGCGCAGAAACGUAUAUGUAUAUCGCUGACACAAACAAUAAUCGAAUUAUACGGUUUCCGUCGACUGCAGUGAGUGGGAACAAUGGAACUGUAGUUGCAGGAGCAACCUCUGGGGAUUUGAAUUUGCCGUAUGGUGUAUAUUAUGAUUCAUCAGCCGAUUAUUUGUACAUAGCAAACGCACAAGCAAAUACAAUUUUGAAAUGGAAACCAUUUGCUAGUAGUGGUACUGUGAUUGCUGGUGUAUCAGGAAUAGCUGGAUCAUCUUCAACACUGUUGUUUCUACCUUCAAGUGUUUAUUUCGAUUCCCAAUCGGGACUAUUAUAUGUUAAUGAUGCAGGAAAUGCACGUAUUAUGGUUUAUUGUCAAAGCAGUCAGACAGGAACAAUGAUUGCUGGCACGGGUAAAACGGGGAACUCGGCAACAGAAUUAAAUUUUCCCUAUGAAAUUGCAUUUGAUUCAUCAUCGAAUCUGUAUGUUCUGGAUGGUGAGAAUAGUCGUAUACAAAAAUUUAGUAAAUUAUCAUAA